AUGGUUGGAGAGUUUUCAUGUUUUCUGGGACUUCAAAUUAAGCAAAAGAAUGAUGGCAUUUUCAUAUCACAAGAAAAGUAUGCCAGGAAUAUGGUCAAAAAGUUUGGUUUGGAACAGGCUCGAAAUAAGCGGACUCCAGCUGCAACACAUGUUAUACUUACAAAAGACACUAAAGGUGCUAAAGUUGAUCACAAACUGUACAAGAGUAUAGUAGGCAGCCUAUUAUACUUAACAGCAAAUCGACCUGACAUAGCUUAUGCUAUAGGAAUCUGUACUCGUUAUCAGGCGGAUCCCCACAUCACUCACCUAGAAGCUGUUAAACGAAUUCUUAAAUAUGUUCAUGGGACCAGUGACUUUGGAAUGAUGUAUUCCUAUGAUACCACUCCUACUAUAGUUGGAUAUUGUGAUGCUGACUGGGCAGGUUCAGCUGAUGAUCCUAAAAGUUUUUGGAAAAACGUGUAUCAAGGAGUUGGUUGA